UGUCAUGGGGUUCGUUAUAAACAUUGACACUCUGAUGGGGAUGAUUCCUCAACUCCUGGAAGAGCAACAAUAUGUCCUGACCUACCGCUUCAGCCAGGAUCAUUUGGAGCUUCUCUUCAAUUCUAUCAGAGCAUCAGGAGGCUGGAAUAACAACCCAACUGCUGGACAGUUCCAGGGUAUCUUCCGCAAGCUCAUGUAUAGAUGUGGUGUCAAGCCUGUGGAUUCUGGCAACGUGAGAGGACAGGAUGCCACUGUCACCCUGUCAGCUGAGCACUACACCAGAGUCUCCCUUUCCGCUGCUGAGAUGUCCUCUGCAGAUGCCGCCACUGCUGAAGAGCUGGUUUCUCCAUUCCUGAACAUUUCGGCCCUUGUAGGGGACCACAGCUACCUCCCGACUCGCUUUGGUGGUCUAGGUGCCGCGGCACCCACUUUGAGAAAGGCUGGUCUAGUAGACAACGCACUGGUCUACAUUGCUGGGUUCGUUGUCCGGUGUAUUUUUCGCAGCCUGUCCUGUGAUGUGUGCCGUGCCAGCCUGGUGACAGAUGCUGUAGCUGUCCCAUUUGACCAGAGCUACCAUCUGCUGGAACUUCGUAACAACGGUGGGCUGAUGAUUCCUUCAAAAGGAACUGUAAAGGUGGUGAGAGCUGCGGAGAGGGCCAUUCGUCAACACUCUCCAGGGAAAGCCCCUGAUGAGGUUGUUGUAGCCCACUUUGUCAGAGAGGAAAUCGGGACAGAGGACGUCUUUGCACUGGGGAGCCAUGUCCAAGAAAGCCAGUUUGGCAUCGACAAUCACCUGUCCCUCCUCCUGUCGCUGGUUGUCUCUGUCUUUAUGCGAAUACGGCUGCAUCAUAUCGCUAAAUUAACCUCGCUUACCUGGCAGAGAGGAAAUUCCCGAAAAAAACUCGGAAAAACCAUCCUGUUUCAAGGAUUUUGAAAAC